AUGCUCAACGAAGCCCAGCUUGUGAGACGGACUUAUCCGAAGCGUCCUACCGAGCCUUCAUACUCGUUUGUCCAAGUGGGCAUGAACACGGGCCUAUGCACAAAAAUGGCUACCCAUUGUCAGGACGGCAGCGAUUUUGCCCUUAAUCAUCUUCACUUAGUCACUUGGAGAGAGGCACGUGCAUACACCGGCAAACUCGAGGCCCAUUGUCCAAGAGGAACGAUGCUAAUCUCAGACCUUGCUCCCCCAAUUAUUGACCCUUGCUCUUGUCGUGCAGAUGCUGGUAUUUUCUUUCGCCAUCUUCGCCUCCAAGUCUCCUGCUUUCCUCUCCUAUCCAGCCGAAUCUCUGUAUGCCUCUGUUUUGGCCCAGCAACUGUCCUACAAUUUAGCGAUAUCGAGGCCAUUACACUUGUUGCUGUCGAUUCGUCCGUUGACGUGGCUGUCUUAUUGCAUUUCAGCUUGCAAAUUCAGAAGCCCCAGGACCUAGUGACAUCGGGUUCUGUCCUGUCUGGCCCAGAUACUGAGGCUGAUGAGGUGGCUCGGGCUCCAUCUAAACCGAGCUCAGUCUGGCAGACAUGCGCACGAACUGUAUGA